AUGGAUAUGAAUACAAUAGAAUUAUUUAUCGCUCAUUUACAAAAUCCAGUGAUUUUUCCUGGACUUUUUCUGUUCGAUAUACAUUCGUAUAUUCGAACCUUACGACCAUAUAAUAUAAGACGAGUUACCGCUUAUAACUUGUUUAAAAAACAAAUAACUGAAGAAGGUCAUUUAAUAAACAUGACCGAUAGAAAAGUUAUUUGUCUGUCCACGAACAAAGUGUGGAGAAGUCUAACACCCGCUCAAAGAAACGUAUUCGUUAUAUACGCAAGACAAGUUCGAUUUAUUAUUGGACAUUGA